GCUGCCCUCGGCGCUCUCUGCGCCACCUUCACUCUCGCUGCCGCCUCCACCGACGCCGAGAAGGUGCUCAACAACCCCGUCGGCGCCAGCUACUCGGCCGAGCUGCCCCAGUCCAACAAGACGGCUCUGCGCGGCUCCAUCGUCGCCACCACGACCGAGGGUGAGACCAAGGACGAGCAUGUCGUCAACUUCCUGCUCUCCAUCUCCGGCCUUCCCUCUGAGGGCGGCCCCUUCACCUACCACAUCCACGACAAGCCCGUCCCCGCUGACGGCAACUGCACCGGCACCACCGGCCACUUGGACCCCUUCGGUCGCGGCGACAGCCCCGCUUGCGAUAAGUCCAAGCCCGAGACCUGUGAGGUCGGUGACCUGAGCGGCAAGCACGGCAAGAUCAACUCCUCUGCCAUCUCUUCCCAGUUCAACGACGCCUACGUCGCCCUGAUCCCCGGCAACGCCGCCUACUUCGGCAACCGCAGCUUCGUGGUCCACUCGGCCGACAAGACGCGUCUGGGCUGCGCCAACUUCACC